CGGGCCUGGCCCCGCCUCCGCUUCUGGCCCCGCCUCCGCACCAGGCUGGGUUCCGGACCUGGCCCCGCCUCCACUUCUGGCCCCGCCUCCGCACCAGGCUGGGUUCCGGACCUAACCCCGCCUCCGCUUCUGGCCCCGCCUCCCGCUCGCGCCCUCGCCCUCCGUGAUCUUCAGCGGCUCCUCGGGGCUCCGGGCUCCCCACUCCUGGACCUGCCCUUAGACUCUAGCCCAGACCUUUACCGGCUGACAGCUUUUGGCCCCGCCCCCCACCCCUGUAGCCUCGGGGGCGGGGCUGGAGAACCAUCGAGAUGCUCUGGCCUGCCGGCGGAUCUGAACGGGCGGAAGUCUGCAGGGAGGGACACGGAGGGAUGGGCGUGCGGAGCCGUUUCCGGUGGCUCGCUCUGUUGGCGGGUCCCAGACGCGCCCAGGCUGGGUGUCUGAGUCAAGACAAGUGGAUCCCACCUUCCAAAUCUCAUGGAGGCGGUGACAUUUGGCGACGUGGCUGUGCACUUCUCUCGGGAGGAGUGGCAAUGUCUGGAUUCUGGUCAGAGGGCCCUCUACAGGGAGGUGAUGCUGGAGAACCACAGCAGUGUGGCUGGACUAGCAGGAUUCCUGGUCUUUAAGCCUGAACUGAUCUCUCGGCUGGAACAAGGACAAGAACCAUGGGUCCUUGACCUACAGGGAGCAGAGGGGACAGAGGGGACAGAGGCACCAUGGAUUUGCCAGACAGAUUCUACUAUUAUAACUGAUCACAAGCAGAACUGUGAGUAUAUGAACGUUCCCAAAAGGCAGAUUCCUGGCUGUGGAGACAAUUGGGAUUCUAAGGUCUGGUCAGAGAAUUGCUCAGGUAGCCCUGGACUAAGAGUGAGUGGCUCACUUUUCCAAAAGCAGCAUUUGAAUAAUGAAACUAUGGCUCCCAAGGACACGGUCCAGGAUUGUAAGAAGCUACCGGCCACUGUCCUGGGUUCUCAGCCUGAUGAACAGAGACACAGUGUGAAAGGGACAUGGGAAAACUGUGAAGUGUGUGGUAGAGUCAUUAGACCAGCUUUGAACCUGGAUCCAUAUCUGGAAGUGAGUGUGCAGGAGAAACCAUUCAGAUGUCAGGAGUGCCAAAAACAAUUACCUGACCACUUAGAGGAGAAAUGCACAAGUAACUUCCCUGGGAAGAAGCCUUACGAAUGUGAGGAAUGUGGGAAAGCCUUCAGGCUGUGUUCACAACUCAAUCAGCAUCAGAGAAUUCACACUGGAGAGAAACCAUUUAAGUGUGUUGAUUGUGGGAAAGCAUUCCGUCUGAGCUCAAAACUGAUUCAGCAUCAAAGAAUCCAUACGGGAGAGAAGCCUUACAGAUGUGAGGAAUGUGGGAAAGCCUUCGGGCAGAGCUCAAGCCUUAUCCACCAUCAGAGAAUCCACACAGGAGAAAGGCCUUACGGUUGUCAGGAGUGUGGGAAAGCCUUCAGCCAGCAGUCCCAGCUAGUCAGACAUCAGAGGACUCACACUGGAGAGAGGCCCUACCCCUGCCCCGAGUGUGGCAAGGCCUUCAGCCAGAGCUCAACUCUAGCCCAUCAUCAGAGGAUGCAUACUGGGGAGAAAUCUCACUUGCCGAGAGCUUCAGAGAGCCCAAGCCUUAUUGCCCGUGAGAAGAGUAACACUGUGGAGAAGCCCUUUAAGUGUGAGGAGUGUGGGAAAGCUUUCAGGUGGGUCUCUCGCCUGAGCCAGCACCGGCUCAUUCACACCGGAGAGAAACCCUAUAAGUGUAACAAGUGCACAAAAGCCUUCGGUUGUAGCUCGCGGCUCAUUCGCCAUCAGAGGACUCACACCGGAGAAAAACCGUUUAAGUGUGAUGAGUGUGGGAAGGGCUUUGUCCAGGGCUCCCAUCUUAUCCAGCAUCAGCGAAUCCACACAGGAGAGAAGCCUUAUGUGUGUAAUGACUGUGGGAAAGCCUUCAGCCAGAGCUCCAGUCUCAUCUACCACCAGAGGAUUCAUAAGGGAGAGAAGCCAUAUGAAUGCAUCCAAUGUGGAAAAGCCUUCAGUAUGAGCACCCAGCUCACCAUCCACCAGAGGGUUCACACCGGGGAGAGACCCUAUAAGUGUAGUGAGUGUGGGAAAGCCUUCAGUCAGAAUUCCACCCUUUUCCAACACCAGAUAAUUCAUGCUGGAGUGAAGCCCUAUGAGUGUAGUGAGUGUGGAAAGGCCUUCAGUCGGAGCUCAUACCUUAUUGAACACCAGAGAAUCCACACUAGAGCCCAGUGGUACUAUGAAUGUGGAAACACCGUUGAAAGUAACACCUUUUUGAACCCGAAAAAAGUGAACACUGUAAAACAACUGCACCAGUGUGAUGACUGUGAGAAGAUAUUCAGGUGGCGCUCACACCUGAUUAUACACCAGAGGAUUCACACAGGAGAGAAGCCUUACGAAUGCAGUGCUUGUGGCAAAGCUUUUAAUCGGAGCUCAAGGCUCACGCAGCACCAGAAGAUUCACACGGGAUAAAUCCUUCACCUAAACGUCUUGGUUCCUUCUCUACUGCUGUGAUGACACCAGGGCCGAGGUAACUUUAAAACAUUUAAUUGGGCCUUACAGCUCCAGAGAACAUUCAUAGCCAUCACGGUAGGGGCAUGACAGGCAGGUAAGCAGGUAGGCAUGGUGUUGGAGCUGUGGCUGAGAGCUCACAUUUGGAGACAGUUGUUAGGCAGAGAGGACUAACUGGAAAUGGCGAGAAUCUUUUGAG